AUGAUAGACAUUUUCGCCGCUCUACAUUACUCGGAAGAGAGGCAAGUGACCUUUGCGGUUUUCCAACUCGAAGGUGCUGCCCGCUCUUGGUGGAACAUUAUCCGGACGAAAUGGGAGCGAGAACAGACACCAAGGACCUGGAUGAAUUUUGUACGGGAAUUCAACGCCAAGAGGGCUAGGCGUUUUCUUCAUGGGCUUAAUGUGGAAAUCCAAAAGGAUUUAGCCGUUGCCCAAAUCACUACUUUUAGUGAUGCUGUUGAGAAGGCCUUACGAUCCGAGAAUGCGAGGCUCCAGGUGAGAAACUUCCAAAAUCGAAAGCGCGGAGCUGCUGGGAGUAGCUCAACUCAAGGGGAUAAGAGUACCUCUCCCCCUCCUAAAUUUGGAAGGGGAGCUGGAGGGGGACGAUUUUCGAGUCCAGCUAGAGGGGCUUCUUCCCGAGGAAGCCAACCAGGCCGAGGACCGCCGAGGAGCACCACACAAGGGAGUUCCGCUACUGUAGCGCGUGGUCCGUGUAACUUCUGUGGGAAACCCAAUCACACGGAGGACGACUGCUGGAGGAAGCAGAAUAAGUGUUUGCGGUGCGGAAGUGCGGAGCACCGGUUCGCCAACUGUCCGGUCCAGGCACGUGACGCGAGAGGAACUACCCCGAUGACAUCUAAGGCUACCUCAAGUCAAUCCCGGGUAGACAGUACCAAACCAAAGGUACUCGCACGGGUGUACUCCAUUGAGCAACGGCCAGUUCCUGAUUCCGCCGAGGUAGUGGAAGACCCUGUUAUACUUCCUUAUGAGUUAGAAGUUAGUACUCCUACGGGGGACCAACGUUUGAUUUCUAGCAAAAUGUACACGAAUUGUGAGAUCUCGGUAGGUGAGCGGAAGUUAUUGGGGAAUUUGAUAAGUUUAGCCAUAAAGGGAUGCGAUGUGAUAUUAGGCAUGGAUUGGUUGGCUCGAUACGAUGCCCAGCUGGACUGCAAGAGGAAAACUGUUGAAUUUCGUAUUCCUGGGGAGGCAACUUUGAGGUUAGAUGUGAGGGGUAGUCUAGCCUCAUCUGCUAUGAUAUCGGGUAUUCGAGCUAGGAAAUUAUUGAGUAAAGGGGCACAGGGGUUCCUAGCUUUUCUUAUUAACACUCCUGCUGACAAACUGAAAAUAGAAGAUGUUCCAGUCGUGAGUGAAUACCUUGAUGUUUUUCCUGACGAGUUAGUGAAUCUGCCUCCGGAAAGAGAAGUUGAGUUUGAAGUUAACCUUUGUCCAGGGGCUUUCCCUAUUUCCAAAACUCCUUACCGAAUGGCACCUGCGGAACUCAAAGAGCUGAAAUUACAGUUGCAAGACCUUCUAGAGCGAGGGUUUAUUCACGAGAGUGGAUCGCCUUGGGGGCACCUGUUCUCUUUGUUAAGAAGAAGGACGGGACCUUGA